AAACAAUUGACAAAGAAGAAGACAAACAGAGCAAAACUGAGCAAAGUGGAAGUUUCCACAAACAAAACUAGCUAACAAAUUCGCACAGAAUGCACAAAAGUGCGCCACCUUGGCAGUGUAAUUGCACUUCAGGUGCCACGACAGCAGCUGAUGAAAAAGCAACACUCGCUCGCAACGCUGGCAGCAUAAAAACAAAAACAGUGAUAAGGUCUGCAAUGUACGCAGCAUCAUUAUCAGCUACACCACAAGCAGCAGCAGCAGCAGCAGUACCACCCCCCGCCUCCCAUAACAUACAAUGGCUGGUGCUAUUGGUGAUGCUUGCGCUGCACACACCGCCGGCGUCGACGACACACAUCAGCGGCGAGUUCCACACGGCCGACUUUUUUCAGUUCCUCAUCAAAUUUGGCUUUCAGAAGGCCGAUCUGCCCACUCCGCGCAGUCGUGAGUCCUAUGGCUAUAUAUUCGGCAAUGUGACCUCUCCGGACAAAUACAGUGCGCCCGUCACGCUCGUUGUGCUGGACAAGUCCAUGUUUGUCGACUUCUACAGCAAUCGCAGUUUUCGCAAUAGGGAAAGUGCCUGCUCGCGCAUGUUCGCACGCCUGCAGCACGUUGUCUACGAUCCGGAUUGCAAUCCCCAGGGUAAACGGGACUUCCUACGUCGCGUGCCCUGCCCGCACAAUAAGCUGUGCAUCGACGAAGAUGCACCGUCGAAUGUCAUUAGCGGACAUCAGUUUACCUACGUUAUAGACUUGGAGGCGGAGCCACGCUUUUGGUAUGUGGCAUUGGUGGCAUGUUAUCGCAAUCGCAGCACGUGUGAGUGGCAUGCCCACGAGAACUUCGCCCGUCUGAGCAAUCAGAGCAGCAGCCUGCUCACUACUCUGCAGUACGACAUCAACUUGGUGAAUGUGCAUCCGAAUAACUCGGCCGCACAUCCGCUGACCUAUCAGUAUCCGUACGAUCAGCAGAAUCUGCUGGAAAUGUAUCUCAUCUUUAUGUUGGUCUACAUUGUGCUGCUGCCCAUGCAAAUCUAUGCUGUGCGUCGCCAGAAGCAUCCGGUGACCAAGCUGUUCACGCUCAGCCUGGUCAGUGAAUUUGUGAGCUUGGCUUUGAUUACGGCACAUCUGAUUCGAUAUGCGGCCAAUGGGGUCGGAGAACCCAAUAUGCAGGCGGCUGGCGAUGUUCUGGACAUACUCAGCCGCACCACAUUCAUGUUGAUUCUAUUGCUGCUGGCCAAGGGCUGGGCGGUGACGCGGCAGCAAAUCAGCCGCACCGGCUGGAUCAUAUUGAUGUCGAUCUGGGUGCCAUAUUGUGCAACUUCGUUCAUGAUGUGGUUUCUCUAUGAGUUGCGUAAUACAAUGAAGUAUGAGCACUCCAGCAAGAAGCUGGACUUUCUAUUGCAUUUGGGCGCCUCCAGCUUGGUGUGGUUCAUCUACCUGCCCAUUGUGGCCAUUGUGGCGUUGCAGGUGAGCCCCAUGUGGCGGUACAAGCUGCUGCAGGGCAUCACCAACUCGGCCGACUGCAUGGCCUACUGUGUAAUGACCGGACUGCUGUGGCCCAAUCGUGCCGGGCAAUAUCUAUUGCUCGCGGGCACCAAAUAUGCGGGCAUGGAUGAGCUAGACGAGUUUAACGAGGCGCCGCAUAUAGUGCGCGAGCGCGAACGCCGUCGCAAUUCGCCUCCGGAUGACAUAUCCAUAGGCACAAGCAGCGCAGGUGGCGGCAGUGUCGGCGGUGGGCGUGGCAUGGUGCUGUCCACGAGCAUUCCGCAUUCACUCAAUGGCGAUUUGCUGGAGGGGGAGGAUUUGAAUGCCGAGUUACUUACUGAUCUGAACAAGAAUAGUCAUAUUGUGGCAUAGUUGGUCAGAUAUUAGAACCUAAAUCAACGGCAGCAACGGGUUAAUUACUAAGCUUAGUAGUCAAAUGUGCUAAAUUGAAGAAAAAAAACAAACAAACGCCAGAAUGUUAAUCAUACUACACACACACACACACCUACAUAUAUAUUAUUAUAUACUAUUUACUUACAUAUAUAACUAGAUGUAAUCCAUAUAGUUUUUAGCAGCCUACAACGAAGUUAGUGAGAGUGCAAAGUGCAGCAAAGAUUGUUGUGUGAUUUAUCUAAUAUGCUUACAAUUAAAUAAUUAGUUUCGUUCGCAAAUUAAGCAA